AUGGGCUAGAGUUGUGCAUCUUGUUAAAAUAAAGAUGAAUCUACUGCUGUCUAUGAUUGUAUUGAACAAAAAGAUUAAUUUGCAGAAGAAGACCUAUAUGACAGUUAAGAGUUUGAUGCUAGUAUUAAAUUAUUAUAGUCAAGAAAGUCCGCCUUGUGCAUAUUAAUGUAAAACAAUGGAAGCAGAUAUUCUACAAUUUUAAAGGGUAAUCUCAAAAGUAAAGGAAGAUGCAUAUAUUGAAGAGUAGAAGGAAUAAUAAAUAAUAUUCGAUGAUAAAUCUCGAUAUGAAGGAAGUAUAAUAAAUGGAAAAGCGAAUGGUUAUGGAAAGUUAUGGUUAGAAAAUGGAGACUAAUAUUAAGGUGAAUUUGUUGAGAAUAUGAUGGAAGGAAAUGGAACUCUUAUUUAUUUGAAAGGUCCAAUUUAUGAAGGCUAAUUUAAAUCAAAUAAACCAGAUGGUCUUGGGAAAGAAACCUGGCCAGAUGGAUCAGCUUAUGAAGGAGAAUUUAAGGGAGGUCGAAAACAUGGUAAAGGUUGCUAUAAAUGGCAUUAAGGCUGUGUUUAUAAUGGAGAAUGGAAGGAUAAUAUGAUACAAGGUGUAGGAAUAUAUGAAUGGCCUGAUGGAAGGGUAUGGUAUAGUAAAUAUUGCAGUCUUAUUCUGGAAGUUGGGUUAAAAAUUAAAUGCACGGUCGAGGAAAAUAUAUAUGGAAGGAUGGAAAGUGUUAUGAUGGAGAGUAUUAGCAUGAUAAGAAAUGUGGUUUUGGUAUAUUCUAUUGGCCUGAUGGAAAAUAAUUCUAAGGUUAAUGGUUGAAUGGAAAGUAACAUGGAAAAGGAUUAAUGAUAGGGAAAGAUGGUAAGAAAAAAAUAGGAUCUUGGUUGGAAGGAAAAUUGAUGAGUUCCAUUGAGGAUGAAAAUUUCUAAGUUAUACCAGAAGGUUGGAUUUAAUAAUAACAAUGA